AUGACCAAAAAUCUAGACCAGCAACUUACAACACUGACUAGUUCUCUGGAAAACAAAAGACAACAUAAGAUAAAUAUCCUGCUGAAACAACAAUCUAAAGAUAACAGACAAUCCAAAUUGGUUAGACCAGAGGGUUUUAAAAAUUUGUCCGCUACAACGAUAGACGCCAACUUAAGCGACAUUCUUAACAAGUGUCCUUCGUUUGUGAAUGCUGAUCCUAAACAUCUUCCUAAAACAUGUCUACAAGCAAGAGCAAACCUUCAGAUGGUAGCAGACAAACUUGAAGAUCAAGAGGUUCUUGAAAGUACAAUUAACGAAUUCAAAGGAG